AAACCACAUAUGGGCGAGCACAAUGAUGUGGUCAAGAAAAUGCGACUCGGAGUUAGGGUUCUCGCAACUCUUCAUGCUGACAAUAUAUAUUCGGCGAGAACGGCACAAUUCACAUGUGAGAAUACCAUGUCUUGCUACAUUAGAAGGAAGAUAUGGUUUUAUAUUGUCCAUGAAGUGAGUCUUGACUAUACUGCCUAGAUCAUGAUAAUUUGAGGAGUGCUGUCAUGAACUUGAAAGAGAAGCAGGGGGCA